CAGAUCCCCAACAACAACGCCGAGCCCGCGGCCACCGGUGAAUCCGUCGAUCCCCUCGUCGGAAGGCUCGAGGACGCCAUCCACCGCAUCAUCGUCCGCCGCGCCGCCCCCGAUUGGCUGCCUUUUCUCCCCGGGACUUCGUACUGGGUUCCUCCCGCUAGAUCUACUGUCGGAUCCUACGGGAUUGCCCAGCUCGUUGAGAGGCUUGCGAAUCCAUUGACGGAUGAGGAAUCGCUCUCCGGUACCACCGUCCGCGGUUGGCCUUUCUCGGAUUAUUUCAUCAAAGAUCACUAUGGCAGGGCAAAGAUGGAUCGAACUUGA